AUGGGGACCCCAGGGACAGAUGAAGUCAUGCAAGAUGCAGAUCAUUUCUGGAAGCUGGACAUGAUGGACACAUUCGAUGAUGGAAGAUUUUAUGAAUCAUUUCGAAUGACUCGGGAUACGUUCAGCCUCUUGUGCCUCCAACUACGUGACCACAUCGCAAAGAAAAACACAAACAUGCGCAAGGCCAUAAGUGUGGAGAAGAGAGUCGCUAUAACACUGUUCCGACUUGCCAAAAAUGCCGAUCUUGGAGCAAUAUCGAACUUGUUUGGGGUCGGUAUAUCCACAGUCUGCACCAUUUAUCUUGAGGUUUGUCGAGCAAUUUGCAAGGUGUUAAUACCGCUGUAUGUAAAGGCACCCUCUGCAGCAGACACAAGAAAGAUCAUGGACGGAUUUGAGCAAAAGUGGGGAUUUCCCCAAUGUGGUGGCGCAAUAGACGGCAGCCAUAUACGGAUUACCUCACCCAGCGCAUACUGUACUGACUACCACAAUCGUAAGGGUUGGUAUAGUGUUGUCCUGCAAGGACUUGUAGAUUACAAGUACAAGUUUUUGGACUUCGACAUUGGAUGGCCCGGAAAGUGCCAUGAUGCAUGGGUGUUUGAGCAGUCAUCUUUGAAGGACAAACUCAUGGCAGGUACUUUUUUCCCCACUAGUACCAGGUCGAUUGAAGGGGUUGAUGUUCCCGUUCUGAUUCUUGGGGACUCUGCGUAUGGUGAGGAAACUUAUCUUAUGAAGCCUUAUCCAUACGGGAACCUUACUGAAGAACAGAAACGAUACAACUACAUACACAGCCGAAGUAGAAUGGUUGUCGAGAAUGCCUUUGGCCGUCUGAAAAACAGAUGGAGAUGCCUCCUGAAAAAAAAUGAAAGCGACAUUUUGAAUAUCCCCCACAUUGUAGGUGCUUGCGUGGCUCUCCACAACUUUUGUGAGACAUGGCGUGAGACUUAUUCAGCACACUGGGAAGAGGAGGAAGAAUUUGCCCAACCAACUGUUGCUACUAAUGACCAGCGACAUUGUAUUCAUAAAGAAGCGUCCACAAUUCGUAAUGCCCUUUGCAAAUUUAUCAGUAAAUAA